AUGCUCUGCUCUACAUCUCAACGACUAAGAGCAUUGCAGAUUACAAGAAGAUUUUCUACAUUCUUGGCUCGUCAGAAUAUCAACUUUGAAGAUGCUGCUCAUAAGUAUUCAUCUACAGUGAUCCUACCCGAGUCGAGCUUUAGUAAUCGUUCCAACAGAGAACUGGUUGAAUCCACUUUGAGACCCCAAUCAUCGUCCCAACUUUACGAAUGGAAUAUUAAACGACCUGUCAAAGAUCACCUCAUUGAUAACUUGUUUAUUCUCCACGAUGGUCCGCCAUAUGCCAAUGGUAAUCUCCAUAUUGGCCAUGCUAUGAAUAAAGUGUUGAAGGAUAUUAUCUGUCGGUUUGAAUUAAUUAGGGGUAAAAAAAUCUACUAUAAACCUGGCUGGGAUUGCCACGGGUUGCCUAUUGAGUUGAAGACCCUUGAAAAGUUGGGAAAAGAACGGAGGACAAAGCUCAAGCGUAUGAAGAAACAGCUGAAAAUGCUUGAACCCAAGUCUAAAGAGCAUGCUUUACUUUUAGAACAAUUGAAUGCUCUACAGCAUCAGCGUCUUAGUUCCUUGGAUAUAAUUCGCCUCUCCAAAGAACAUGCUUUGGAUACCCAGAAAAUGCAAUCUGCAUCGUUCGAAGAGAUGGGAAUUAUGGGAGACUUUGAUCAUCCAUACCUCACUCUUCAAAGAAGCUUCAUUACCAACCAAUUGAAGAUAUUCAAACAGCUUUUUGAUCACGGAUUGAUUCAUCGACAAGAAAAGCCUGUGUAUUGGGGAUGCGAAAAUGCUACUGCUCUAGCUGAAGGAGAAUUGGAAUACAACAACAGACAUGUCUCCAAGGCUGCCUAUGUGAAGUUUCCAAUAGUUCAAUUAGGAGUCGAAUUGGCUGGAAAAUUGGACCGAUUCGAUAGACUUAAUGUGCUAAUUUGGACAUCAACACCAUGGACAUUGGCAUCAAAUAGGGCUAUCUGCAUAAAUCAGAGGUUCAAGUACACUGUACUAGAAUCUGAUCGCGAUGGUCAACUUAUUGUUUGUCAGGAUCUGAGGGAUUCUAUUGAGACUAUAAAUCCGGAGCUGAAGGAGACUGGGAUCGAAUUUUCCGGUAAGGAUUUGUUGGGUUGCGAGUACACUAAUCCACUCCUCCCAAAGGGUAACCACUUUCCCUUCUUACACGGGUCACAUGUCACCAACACAGCAGGCACGGGGCUAGUUCAUACAGCACCAGGACAUGGCCAAGAUGAUUAUCUGGUGUGCCAAAACAAUGGCAUCCAGCCUUAUUCUCCAGUGGAUCAUAGAGGAAGAUACACGAACGAACUACCAGACACGUUGUCAGAUUUUGUUGGCCUAAAGGUUCUUGGAGAAGGAAACGACAAGAUGCUUGGUAAGUUGAAAGAUAACAAUAUGUGCUUUUACGAAGACGAUAAUUAUGUUCAUUCGUAUCCUUACGACUGGAGAUCCAAGAAACCGAUCAUUAUUCGUGCUACUCCUCAAUGGUUCAUUGAUGUUUCAAGGAUCAAAGGUAUCACCACCGAUGCUUUAGAGCAAAGAGUGACUUUCUAUCCUGAGAAGGGAUCUAGAAGAUUGAUUUCUUUUAUUAAGAAUAGGAAUGAGUGGUGUAUCUCACGACAAAGAUGUUGGGGGGUUCCUAUUCCUGUCUUGUAUGAAAAAGAGACUGGAGAACCGCUACUAAAUGAUGAAAUAAUUGGCCAGAUUACAAAGGUUAUUGAAGAAGAAGACACAGAGAGUUGGUUUGCCGAUGAUACUGGCUGGAUGGCCAAAUGGUUCCCAGAAGGGUUCCAAGGAAAUCCAGAAGAUUAUGUGAAAGGCAGAGAUACCAUGGACGUUUGGUUUGAUUCCGGAUCCAGCUGGAAAGUGAUUGAGAAUUAUUUGACACAAGAAGGAUUGAUCGAUCAGGCUAGAAAGAGGGGCUUUCUUGCCGAUAUCUAUUUAGAAGGUAGCGACCAGCAUAGAGGAUGGUUUCAAUCAUCCAUUCUUAUUAAAGUGGGUACUUCGGAGUCUUUAGACAACCCAGAGGCCAAGUUAGUUCUUCCUUACAGCAAGGUAAUUACCCAUGGAUUUACAUUGGAUGAAAAGGGUGAGAAGAUGUCUAAAUCUUUAGGCAAUACUGUUCUUCCUGCUGAUAUCUUGGAAGGUAACAAACAGCUUCAGAUUCCUUCGUUGGGAAUUGAUGGUCUUAGAUUGUGGGUAGCCCAGUCUGACUACUCUUCGGAUGUUUCUGUCGGUCCUACCGUAUUGAAGCACGUAGCCGAGAACUUGAAGAAGAUACGAUUCACAUUCAAGUUUUUACUGGGAAAUUUGAACGGCUUCAAUGCCAGUAACGACGCUGUUUCUUAUGAGAAAUUGGACAAUCUCGACAAGUAUGCUCUUUCUGAAGCUUAUGAUUUGGAGAAAGCAUGCUUAAAGAGCUACCAAAGCUACAACUAUUCUAAGAUUGUCAAAGAUGUGAAUCAUUUUGUCAACUCUGUUCUUUCAUCGAUCUAUUUUGAUAUUAAAAAAGAUUGUUUGUAUACAGAUCAACGGGAAUCGCUAAGAAGAAGGGCCACUCAGACAACUCUCUUGGAAGUGUUGAAAACCUUGGAAAUCGUUUUGGCACCUAUCUUACCUAUAAUUACACAGGAGGUGUGGAACGGUUUUCCAAAAGAGAUUACGAAAGGUCUGCAAUCGCCUUUUAUGGCUGGAUGGUAUUCAUUACCUAAGAAUUUCCAUAGAGAAGACGUUGAAAAGGAUUUCGCAGGAUUGUUUGAACUCCGGAACAAGAUUAAAGUAUUAACGGAUACUGCAACGAGAAGAGAUAAAAAUGUGAAGAAUUCGUUAGAAACCGCAGUCUACGUGGCUGUGGAAGAAAAAACUGCAUUGUACUCGUUGUUGAAGAAAUACGAGAGCAAUUUGGGUGAUUACUUAUUAGUCUCGCAGUUUUCAUUGAAUGUAGAUUUACCAAAGCGAAAAGAAGGAUACAACUACGAAGAUGGAAAGGCUGUGAUUGAGGGAUUUGGAGAGUGUAAGAUAAAUGUGACCAAGAGUGAUAAAUUGAAAUGUCCAAGGUGUUGGAAAUUCACCAGAGAUGAGGGUGAAGAGUUAUGUACAAGAUGUGAGGAAGUUACUACCACGAACAUGUAA